AUGAGUAAGAAUUUUAACAAGGAAGUGAAGGAGUUGUGCUUACAGGAGAGAAACAAUAGAUGUGUUGAUUGCUCGGCGCCUAGUCCGCCUUGGGCGUCUGUAACGCACGGUGUGUUUAUAUGUUUUGAUUGUGCAAGCAUUCACCGAUCGCUUGGAGUGGAAAUGAGCUUUGUGAAGAGUGUGAAUCUUGAUGGUUGGGAUAAGAGGGAAUACUUGUGCAUGAAGAAAGGAACAAAUGAGAGGUUUAAGGCGUAUAUUGAGAAGCAUAAUCUUGUAGGAAAGGAAGCGAGGGAUGUGUAUGGCAGUAAUGCAGUCAAGAAGUAUGCUAAUGAGAUCAAGGAAGCUGUUGCACAAGAGAUGGGACCCUCAGUGAUUCAUGAGCCUAAUAGUGGAAAGAUCAAGAGUAAUGAUGAAAAUAAAGAGAGUAUGACAUCAAGAAAGGCAUCAGAGCCGAUUUACAAGGUUAGGGCCGGAGAGGAUGAAUGUGCAGCUAAUAGUAGUACAAGCUCGCUUCAGGAGUCGAUUACAUCGUCAUUGAGUACGAUGGGAAGUGUGAUUUUUUCAGGUGCAAAGGCAAUAAAAAACAAGACAGUAGAGCAUGGAAGCCUCGUAAUGAUGUCCAUGAAGAAUAUAAUCAAGGACAACUCAUCGUCACUCGCAUCAAUGUUCAAGACAACAGAGUCUACACAGAAGAUCAUGCCUAAGGAGCCCAAGAAACAAAACACAUAUGAGCAAAUAAGCAAAUGGGAUUGA